CGCGGCCCUUGUGUCAGUUUUGUUUCUACGCAGCACUGGCAAGCACGGUGUGUGGUGCCAUGCCGUGGCCAUGCGAAUGCCGUGGCCCGUAUGCGAAGUGCUCGAUUUUUUAACGUCGUUUUUCGUUCGAAUAAGUGCGCGCCAACCGACGGUCUCAAAACCAGCCGUACUUUGAUUGUGUUCGUGUGCGGAAAACCGGUGCCGAAAACGAAAAAUCUUUCCAGACGGUUAACGGAAAAAACGAAAAGAUUUUUUUUUUUUUUUAUUCAUAAAGAACGGCCUGGCCGUAUUGCUAAACGAAAAGAUUGUUUACUGUGAAUUUCUACUGUGCGUUAAGUUGUGUAAAAAGAAAAAGUUAAAAGUAUCGUUUUCCACCACCCGGUCGGUGUAUACAUAUCAGGAGAGCAGAGGUAAAGUGUGUAGAAAGGAAAAAUCAGUGGCUGUUUGAAUUUCCCCGGGAUCACACCAAUCCCGGGACCGCCACUUGAAGCGUGCUCAAGUGGAGAAGCAAACGGCCACAGAAAAAUCAACCCGGCCCCGGCAGUCUAGUGCCGAUAGCCGUUUAAAAAGGACAUUAAAGAAGUGAACGUCGGCAGAAGAAAAGUGAGAAGAAAAAUCAAUGAAAAAAAUGUGAAAUUUUCCACGAAAAUGAUGAUCCGUUACUGUAAUCGAUAGCGACAUUAAAAGUUUGGUGACGGAAAAUUCAAAGCGGUAAAAUCAUAACUUUUCCUCUCAGUAGUCAGAUCAGCAAAAAAAAGGAAGGGAGAAAGAAAAAUCUGGAAAAGCUGGCGGGCUUUUCCACGCGUCCCCUAGCGCAACCGGAAACACAUGCUGGAGCCGAUUCAAACCGAGCAGUUUAAAGUGCCUUUCGUUGGUGGUAGUUAGUUUUCCUCGGCGGGCUCGGCGCAUUUUUCCUUCGCAGAGCAGAAGAUCGAGAGAGAGCGAGAGAGAGAGAGAGAGAAAGCAAUCAACCGUUUUCAUCUUACACUAGUGUUGGUGGUUUGUUUUCACUUUUCACGUAGCGUUGUGUAUACGCGCGCGCCACAUUUCCUUCUGUCGGUUGGAAAGCUGCCCUAGUGUGUGUGUAUCGCUUAGUGAGUGCCUUUUUCGCGCGAGUUUUUCCGUGCGUGCGUGCGUGUGUUGUUUGGUUGCUGCCGUGUUGUUUGUGUGUCGCUCAUCGCAACAGAACGGGUCACCGUAACGCAACGUCGUUCCGUGUCGCAAACGCGCGCUCAGUCUUCAGCGUGUGUCGUGGCGUGUUUAUCGUGGCGCGCUCCCUACGCCGAAAUCGCGAUCGGAAAAUCAACUUAACGACGGUUGUAUCCGGAAAACGAAGCAAGAGAAAAAGGCGUGAAAAGCGGGUUUUGUGUUUGUGUGUGGUGUGAGAGUGUGUCCCCGUACGGUGGAAAAAAAAGAACGCGUAGUGAAAUAGUGAAAGACGAGCGACUGAACGAGAAGUGUCAAAACCGGGUUUGACAGCUGCUGGCGGUAAACUGGAGCGUAGUAGACUGCUGCUACUAGCACAAAAAGAGAUUCUGAGGACAUUUCGACUUCGUGGCAGCUUUUGCGAUAUCAACCGCGUCAAACAAAACCAGCUCCAGCGCCCUCACACUGUAUCAGAUGAAUCGCUAGGCACAGUGGCGUCCUCCGUACACCGACAAUGGAACAUCAUGGUGGACUGUUUGCGGACAUUUCGAACAGUUUCCCGGGCGCCAGCGGCCUGCCGACCACCAAUGUGAAGUACCACCUUCACAACCCUCCCCAGAUCCCACCGCAACCCCCUCCGCCUCCAGUGCCUCCCUUCGGGUCCUCUCGGCAGUACCACCAGUACCAACACCAACACCACAAUUCCCAGCAGCAGCAGCAGACGCUCAACGUCCAUCUGCAGAAUUCGACCUCAUCGCAACAGACUCCGGCACAGUCAGUCGUUGUUGGCGGGUACGGACAGCAGAGUCAUGUUAUACAGCAGUCACAGCAGCAGCAGCAGCAACAGCAACACCAACAACCUGAUCUACAGACCUCAUCAACCCAACGGCAGCAUCAUCUGGAGAGUCUGCAUCAGACACUAGGUGGAGGUAGUGGAGGACUCUACCCGGACAGCAGCGCGACCGGUCUUUUCGACACCGGUAGUACCAACACAGCUUCUUCGCUCUGCGCCAACAGUAGCUCCGGGUCUGGUAAUAGUGGUAGCAACGGUAGCAGCAACAACGCAGGAGCAGCUAGCAGCAACAGUAGCUACAGCUCGAGCAUCACCAACAGCUCGCGCAAGUUCGAAACCAACACCGGGGACAGCAUUACGUACAACAUCAACAACAUCAACACCAACAUAGUGAACAACAUCAGCAGCGGUCAGGGAGCUCCUCCAGCCAUUGCGGCCAUUACGAAUGGUGGUGACUUUCUCGCUGGAGUAGCAGCGUCCACCCCGCAGUACGGCACCGGCAGUGGCUCCACGAUCGCAGUGAACGGUGCUGGUGGUGGUGUUGGUGGCGCACAGCAAGCUGCCAGCAAUCCUACCAUCAUAAACAUUAGCAAUAACAAUCACAACAUUAUGGCACCGCCGUACCCGUACCAUGGUCCACCGCAGUAUCAACCGAAGAUGGGUGGCAGCGGAGGUUCAACGGCGUACAAGGAGAUGAGCGGGAAGUAUGGGUCAAUAGGCGCGGCCGGAAGUGGAACGGGCGGUGCGGCAGGUAGUUGGGCUGAGUAUGCAUCCCACCAUCACCAUCACGAAGCGACGGUGAUCGGGAACUUUGAGGCGAAGAACCCGAACAAGUACCAUCACACAGUGUCCGGUGCGACGACCGCCGCGACUGGCUCACGCAUGUCCGGAGGCUAUCGAUACGCCUCCGGUGGGUCUGAUUACGUAUCCCAACCCAGCGCGACGGCUCACUACGGUGGACCCUCGCACACUGGUGGAGGUGGAGCUGGUUAUGGGCUUUACCAUCCUGACGGAGUGCAGGCGACACCGAUACAGCAAUCCCAAGCGACAGGUGCUCCUGGGACACAUCCGGGAUACGAAGCGUAUCCGCACAUCGUGCGCAACAAGUACUCUGGUGCGGGACCUCCACCAGGAAUGCAUGUGUCGAGCGGAUCCCGGGUGGCUCCCUCGCAUGCCGAUCUCAUGUACAACGAACGAUCUCAACGAUACGUCAGUAGCUACGGCGCCGGCAAUACCUACAUGCCUUCGACCGGUGCUGGACCAGCUGGUGCGGGGAGUGCUGGAACUGGUGCGACCGGAACAGGUACGGCUUACUACACCCAGAUGGGUCCGGCGAAAGGUAUGAUGAAUCCUGGUAUGGAGUACUACGGUACGACCUACACCAAACAGCUAUCUGGCUCGCACUCACACCACACCCCCAACAAUCCUUACAUCCCACCGAAUCGGAUGGCGUACGCGAGUCAGACAGGUGCCGGAUACCACCCGCACCCGUCCCAUCCUGCCCAUCAUCAUGUGCCACAUGCGCAUCAUAAGAGUGCCGUCACAGGAUACGGGUAUACGAGCGCCAAUGGGUCCGUCUCAUCGUACGACGACCCUUACCAUCAGCGGUCGAUGAGUGGACGAGUGCCGUUGCCUCAUCCAUACACCACCGAUCCACACCAUCUACAGAGUGCUGCGGGAGCGACACCUUAUGGUGCAACCGGUGCCGGUAGCUACCACCAUCAAGUGCAAGGACCAAUGGGAUAUCCCAAUCCCAAGUUGACAUUUAACAAAAACCUCAACGAUUUCUACACACCGAAUGUGACGACGAGUAGCGUUCCUCAGCAUUACGCUGCUGGACAUCCGGGAUCGAUACAACCGGCCGGUCUGACGCACUCGGGACACUACGCCAUGAAGUAUGCUUCGCAACCGGUAGUACAGCCACAGAAGCACUCGAGCAUAAACGGAGGUACGGCAAUGGGCCCUGCAGGUGUUCCGGCGUCCUUGGGCCAGCAGAGCCGGAAAUCGUCCAGCUGUUUCUACGAUACACCGAGCCCGGUUAUUGACAUCAAUCAUCCACUGAUCGACCUGGAGGAGCAGAUCAACAGUGUGAAGAUUCUCAAGAGUGGUCCGUCACCGAUGGCUGCCGGACAGGGGUCGAUGUACGAUACGAACCAUCCGCUCAACUACGACUGUCAGCAGAUGUAUCUGAAGAACCGGUACAUGCACUCGAAACCGGUUCAACCGGUCCCGAGCAGCACCACCAAUCCCGUCGGAUACGGUAGUGGACAAUCGAUCUCUACCGGCGAACAGCACCUUCAUCAUCCUCACCAGCGUCAUCAGCUUCACCAUCACCAACCGCAUCCGGAGGUGGUGGGAGCUUACGGUGGCUAUGCUACGAUGGAAGAUCUUGGACUAGAGCCGCGUAGCUUCGCGUUGGAUGAGAACCUGAAGGACAAGAGCUUGCGCGACUAUCUGACGAGCUGGAGCGAGAUGGAAGAGGAAGAAGGAGGUGGUGGUACGGGUGUUGCUGCGAAGGCUUCGAAGGAAACGAACAACAACUUGGCUGCACAUCAGAACUACGAGUCCUGCAAGUAUAUCGGUCAGCUUCAACCGUCACUGGAAACAACCCCAACAGUGUCGGAAGAAGUUCCGGUAACACCACAACAGGCAGUUACUGAAGACGUAACAGUAAAAGGUAGUCCGGAAGCUAUUGCGGAAGAUCCUUCUCCAUCACCACCGUUAACAGCACCAGCAGUAGCAGCAACAGCAGUACCCCCUGUUACUGGACACACAGGAGUAAUAGUCGCGAAUGUACAAAGCAACGGUAACCUACCAGAUAUUCUGGUGGACAUUGAGAAGCCCGCAAAAUCGGAAGAAACCGGUAAGGAUGGUGAGAAGCUGUACAUCCUCGAGACGUACGAUGUGCCACAGAGCGAGCUAAACAAGUACAAGCAUCUGAGCGUGAUCAACGAGCUGCCGAAGAACGUGGUACCCAUCAACGAUAGUGCCGAUUCCCUUAAGUUCCUCGAGGAGAUCGAAUCCAACCGUGAGAAGUACUACCAGACGGAGCUCGAGUCGGAGGUAGUGUAUGAGGAGAAGGAAAGGGAGAAAGAGAAGGAGGAGAUGGUGGAAGAGGACAAAGCAGUGGUAGACGUGAAGGAAGCGUUACCUGAGCAGAAAUCGGUCAUCCAACAGCCAAAGCACGAAACCGAAGCUUCACGAGUGGAAAACAUCGACGAACACGUUGAUGAUCUUCAGAGUGAAGAUAUCAAACCUUCAAAGGAGGAAGUUGUGGAGAAAUCGCCCGAAUGUAAGCCUGAAGAUCUAUCUCAAUCAAAGAUUAAGGAGGAGAUCAAACAAGCUCCCGAAACGAUCGAGCAAAAGAAAGAAGUCCUCGCCGAAGAUCACAUCGAAGCGGAAGUAAAGUGCGACACCACUGAGCCAAUCCCACCCGAAGCUACACCAAAAGACUCUUCGUCUGCCGACGAGGAAGCAUCCUUCAAGGUGCCCCGUUGUUUCCCGAAGUACCGGAAACGACGCUUCUACGACUACGAUAUGCCCCGGUUCCCGAAGAAGGCGCGUCGCUCCAGCAUCGAAGAGUUUAUCAAUUGUGAUAUACCGAAAUUCAAAGUACAAACUGUCAAACGUAGCCCCAAAAGUCUGCUGAAUCUGUUGGUAGACACGCUCAACUCGAAACCGUUCCGUCGGUGGGCUAAGGAAGAUCUCGCCCGAAGGCAGGCUCUACUGCAGGAGGACGAUCGUGGUGCUGUGGUGAAAAUGAGCGAGCCGGUACAGGAAGAAAAGUCGAUCGUGCCGGAACACGAUCCGGUGGAGGAGAUGAUGUCGAUACCGUCCGAACGGGAGGAACCACAGGAAAGGCAAACGGUGUUGGUGUUGUCUUCUGUUCCUUCGCUGAGGGAGAUGUGUUACGAGCGGAUACAAUCGCUGGAGCUUUUCCAUCAGCCAGCUACGCUGAAGGAGCUGUGCGAGAGCGUUAUCCGAUUGAGCAAACACCUUUAUAUCAUCGAGGAGAUGAAAAGUGAACCGCCCCGGUUACAGGAUCUCUGCAAAGCCGUCCUCAGUGAGACGAACAUCUUCAUCGACGUAACGACGAACGAGGUGUGCAUCAUUGACGAUGAUGACGAUCAGGUCGGGAGUGACAGUUGUGAGAUCGUUCCUACCGAUACGACCACCCCAAACACGGGCCGUGUGUUUAUCGUCGAGGAAGAUCGUGGUUCGAUCGCGGAUCUCCUGCGUGAAAACAUUCAGCUGCAGGAGGAAGAUCUCGUCGUCGUACGGCAGGAUCUUGGCGAAGGGUGCGAAGAUCACGACAUCUUUAUGACUGAUCUUGCAGCCCAGCCGGAACCGAUGCUUGCGGCGGAAAGCGAAAGUGACAUCUUUAGUCGCGUCGAGCAAGAGAUCGAGAAGAUGAUGCACACGAGUUCGUCCGAGGAUGAGGCGGAGGUUUCCACGAAAGAGUCGGAGCUGUUUGCGUUUGCCGAGGACGUGGAGUGUGUACAGUACGAGGAGGUUGUGCCGGUGCAUGCGGAAGAGCAGAAUGUGAAGGAGGGUGUGCUUAAAGCACUGCGAGCAAAGUACACUACGCGACGCGUCGGACAGCGGAGACUUCAACAGCGGCUGGUGCGCAAGUAUGUCGUCUAUCAACGGUUCAUUGAAACCUGUUCUGGGGUCUUGCCACGGAGUUCGCUUCGAUGGCGGAAAGCGAUCGACACUCGAAGCGCAUCGGGUAGAGAGGUGUUGGAGUCUCAUCCGGUGCAGCAGGACGAGGAGAGUAAUUGUUCGAGCAGUUCGAAUAGCUCUGGUAGCAGCCGCUCGUCAAGCUCUUCUCGCACCAGUCACUCAUCGCGAUCUUCGUCCUCUAGCUCGUCCUCGUCUAGCAGCAGCAGUAGCAGUAGUAGUAGUAGUAGCAGUAGCAGCAGCAGCAGCGAGAUGGAGGAUGAGGAAGAAACGGUCAAGCUGGUAGCAGCGGUAGAACUAGUACCACCGGAAGAGCUCUCGAGUACCAGUGUAGCGGUAGAGGAGACAAACAAUAAUACCAUCGAGCUCACAGACUCGGCCAUCCCGCCAGAGCAGCAGAAGGACACGGCCACGAUAAAGCACGAAGAAUCUCAACCCGAGCAGACGAAGAUCGGCUCCGACCCUGGCCGAAGUCCAGUCCGGUGUGAUGAUAGUAGCGCCAGUAGCUGUAGUAGCAGGAAUGGGAAGCAGAGUCCCACCAGCGUCAGCAGUCCGUACAGUAGCAGUAAGGGCAGCAACAGCAGCAAAAGUCCACCCAGUUCCUUGGAGCAGCGGACUGCGACAAAGUUCACCUACACCACCGAACGACCACGCUCGGUCAUCGUUUCACCGCCGAUUGCCAAAAGGAAGAAAAAGCUUUCGUUCGAGGAAAGUCUGCUCAACAUCGAUCAAAUGUAUCGGAAACCGGCGAGCCCGGCAGCAACGGCCUGCACCACACCGCUGCCCCGUUCAGGCUCAAGUCCACAGUCCCGUCCGAAUGUGAUCGUGAACGUGAACAAUAAGCGUGAAGUUCCGCGCAAGCUGAUCAUACCGUCGUACAAGAUCUUCGACCAAACUUCGGAUGAAACGCACCCGCCUGUCAACGGACAUCACCGGAAGGCAUCGAUGGACGUGGACGCUGGGAUGCUGUUCGGGUUAGGCUCGAGCGACUUUGGCAAACCAAUUCAUAGGCGUCGAACGUCCAUCAGUACCGCACCAACGUACGCACGGUCGAACUCGUCGUCCGAUGCGGACCGACGGAUUCGUGGCUUGGAGCGUCGGAAAGCUGCACUGGUAAGACGGCGGAGUUGCUGCUGUUCCCCGUUGCGGUCACCACCGGACUCACCGCUACCGCUGACCGUGGGCACGAAGUCGUCAGUGAUGGGCCAGCUGGGCGGCACACCGGUGCCGUACGUGCGCCUGGAGCGAAACGAUUACGUGGAAAAGCUGGCAGAGAGCUAUCGUCGGCAGGCACAGCAACAACACCCAAGGUCGUCGUAGGUUCGUGCCAUGCAGAAAUCUACUAGCAGAAGCUUAGACCAGGUAAAACCGGCGAACCCUUUUCUAAUCCAUUCUUAGCUUUGGACGAACGAGAAACGCUCUCGGUUUUUAAUCGACAGUCGAUUAUGUACGCAUGAGUGGAUUGCUCUAGUUGAAUUUACUGAGCUGAGUGUUUUAAGAUUUUGGAAUUGCAUUCCUUUAAGCUUUAGAAGCAUUCAUUUUUAGCAAAAGUGGUAGCUGGGAAAACAUAGUUCACAUAAGCGCAUAAGCGAGUAAGUCACAAGCGUUGUUAGUCUUACGUUUAAGGGGUUUUACCAUUUUUUUUUUUCCUGCAAGUCUAUCGCUACCAACCGGCACCGUAACUUAAAUUGUGUGCGGGUUUUUUUUCCCCUCUUCGCUUCUGAUGGAAAAGAAAUCAUCACUACUGGCACGUACUUAAAACGACAAACAAACAGCCACGAAAAAGUAUGACGAUUAUAGUAAACGUUCAGUGUGCACUCGGUCAGUUUGCAAUGCAACAUUUUAUCACUUCACUUCAGUUUGUUGGGCAUGAUUGUUAACGCAUGGGGGUGCUAGCUAGUGUUGUAAGCAUAGUUUUAUUCGCACAACUGUAAGCAUUGUGUUGGACGGUCGUUAUGGCAAGCAAAGGCGGUUGCUAUAAUGGUGUAUGGAAGCAUUUUAUAGCAUGCUGCUGUUGUGUGCGAUUUAGCAAAGCUUCUACUGAAAGCUUGAAAGCUUCCGAGCUGGAAUGGGAAAAAGCAUGAUUUUUCACACACUAUAGGUAAAGUUGAGAUAAAUGGAAAUGUGAAAAAUAUUUUCAUUUUAAAUUUUGUUAUUUUAUUUUAAUUUUCUAGCAUUUUUUCUAUAAUUUUUUUAAAGCAAAUCGAAGGAUUUUAAAAAAAUAAUUUAAAAAACGUUUGGCAAAAGGGUUUCAUAAAUUUUAAUUUUUUUUUAUUGAUUUUAUGACAAAAUCGUGUGACUUAUUUCAAGCAAGUUUCACAAUUAAAUUGAAAUGCAUUCAAAUAUUGUUGCAUAACAUAUUUUUUAACGUAACGUUUUUUCUUUGCACGAACGCUACGAAUGAUGCAGCGAUGUUGUCAUUAUCAUUCAUCUAGUCAAAUGUUGUCGUUGCUGUUGCUGUUGCAUUCAUUGUUUGAUGGUUGAGGUUUGUUUUUAAACAGCGGACACAGUAAGGAAGAAAUGCGAUUUUAGCAGUUUAGGUACUCUCACUUUACCUAGGCAAUAAGUUUUAUGACAAGCAAAAAGAAAGAAAAAAAAUGAAACAACCACCCAACCGUACCCACCAUUUCGUUUUCUAAGCACGCGUGUUAAACACUCUAGUGUAAAUGUUACAUUUUGUCUGCGUGGGGCAUUUUGUGUGUGCGUGUGUUUAGUGUAUUAUUUACUUGCUAGGAGUACUGAUUUGGUAUGAUUUCUUAAAUAUCCCGCACUAGUAGCUGUAAGGCUUUGUGGUAUAGAAUAAUUUGGCUUUUGUUUUGCUUGUUUACUAGGUUAAGUGUAAAGCUGUUUCUUAGUUUGUUUUAAAACAAAAUAAAAACAAUAAUUGAAAAAUAAAGACAACGCCAGCAAAAGAUUUCGAGUGCACAGUGUGUGUGCACAUUAGUAAAUAAUAAAACAAAAUGCAGAACAUUGGUAAAACAUACAAGCAUUUGCGAGAGAGAGAGUGAGAGAGAGAGAAAACAACGCAAAAUGGAACCAAAAUGAAAGUGGGAAACAAUGGCAAGGUGUAAAGUAUAAUGAUUAAAACAAAAACACACAAAAAAACAAAUCAGUGCCUUCAGGUGACAGAAUACAAAAAGUGGCAGCCAAAGGACAUAUAUUAGUGAAAAAAAAGAAAAGGAACACACUAUACCUUUUAGCAAAACAUAAAAGACAAACACAGCAUACCAAAAGAAAAACGAAAAACAAAACAAAAACACAGAUAAUCACGAACCGUGAGGGGAACGUAUAACACGGUAAAGUAGGUUAUUGAAUUAUUGAAUGCAUAUUAUUUAAAAUAAACACGCAAAAGAAGAAAUCGUAUGAAAAGGAGUAGGGAAAAUGUUUUCGAGCAUAAAAACAUUUCAAAGUGCGAAAACCAUUUUACAACAGCAUUUGAUGAAGAACGAUUUAGAAGAGGAAAAACAGAGAUAAAACAGCAGCAAGAAGGAAUAGUAAGGGGGAAAUGUCUUUAAAUCCCAUAGCCUACUAUGUGAAGCUUAACGCGCUAGUAUGUAAUGGAGUAUUUUAGUAGAAAGAAAAAAGAUCUAUACAAAAAGGAUAAAAUCAAAGUAGCUAAUGAAGGAGACAAAACAAUAAACAUUCCUAUACAAAAUCACACACACACACACCACCAUUCCUUUUCGCUUUCUCUUAACAUUCCCUUUACUGUCCCAUCGUUUUGGGACUUGUGGUAGAAAAAAAAACAUAAAGCUUAUAUGGGUGUUGUUGUACGGAACCGUUUGCGUUUCUAUUGUUUGUUUUUUUUCUUGAAUACAUACUGUUCGAGCAAAAAAAAAGAAAAGCAAAACACGUGCGUGCGUGUUUCUCUCUGUGUGUGUGUGCGUGAGUGUCGGUGUAAAUUAUGUUUUGUGUUUGGGAACGAAAUAAAAUUGUAUUUAGUUGUUUUUGAUUGUUGAUUGAAAACGGAAACACUGAAAA